CGAUGCCAGUAAUUGACGAGACCAUAAAUACGAGCAAUGCCGUCACCUACUUGAAGUACGGUACCGGUAUUUACAAUCUUGACUUCCCUAUUAUAUUGUUCAAUACGUUCACGGAUAAUAUUACUAAUCUCGUCGGCUCGAAUAGUUACCAUGAGUAUUUUCUUAUUUUUUUGGAAAAUAAUGCCUACAGUAAAAGAAGUAAAAGAAAAGGACUAAUCAAUUAUUUCUUUCAUCGCCCCAAACAUGCCAAUAUUAGCACUGGGGAAUACGUUCGCUAGAAUGAAACUCAAAGGAAUUGACGGGGCCCGCACAAGCGGUGGAGCAUGUGGUUUAAUUCGAUGCAAAGCGAAGAACCUUAUCAGGGCUUGACAUGCUGCGAAUCCUCUUGAAAGAGAGGGGUGCUUUCGGGAACGCGGACACAGGUGGUGCAUGGCUGUCGAGAUCGGAACGUGGGGGGAUACACGUUACACCACGAUUUUGAAUCAGAAGAGAGAUUUCAAGAAAUGGCAUAAAGGUACAAGUUUGUGUUGUACCACAAAAGAAUUUGUACAUCAAGAGUAUAAGUAUAAUCUGAAGAUGUACCAUAACGUGUCAAAAGUACAACUUUAAAUUGUACCACACAAACAAAAACAUAUAGCACCAAUCCUCUAUAACAUUAUAAAAUUCCUCAUAAAACUUUAAUUGUGUUAGUUAAUAGUUAUUACUUUGAGUAAGUCAAACUGUGUGAACCCCAAUUUCCGAACCAAAAUCUCAAUAAAACUUCAAAUUCUAAAAAAUUAUUUACGGGACGGCAUUGAAAAUAUGUUGGAAGAUUAAAGGUCUUAUAUACAUACGCUCGGUAAAAAAGAUGAAUACUUCUUGUUCUUGGGCGAAAUAAUUUCUUUUUUUCACCUACCCAUAACUUUUAAACGAAAAAGAAAAAACUCAAAAAAGAGAAACGAUCGGAAAUAUGAUGAUAACAUGUUAAAUCCUUCCUAUCAGAUUCAGAAAAAAAAUGAUGAAGAAUUCGUCGGUGGCAAAGAAAUAAUGGGAAGCAAAGGAUAGAAAAGUGGAGCCAACAAAAGACGACAACUGAACAGAACACACAGAGAGACAGAGAGAGAAAUACAGAGGGAGGGGGCAGUGCGAGCAAAACAACGAAUCGAUAGGGGUUCGCAAACAAGGCACCCACAAAAAAAAAAAAAAAACCCAGAUAUCUCUCCCUUCUUAGGAUGACAAUGAUGGCGUUCUUCUCCUCUUCUUCCCCACCGCAGAAGGGUGUUGUCGUCACAGUUCCCGCGCUCGUCCUCGCCGUCUCCGUCGCCGCUCUCACUCUGUUUUUCCUCGCUUCUUCCCUCUCCGCCCCCUGUUCCUGCUCUUUCCCACCUCCGUCCCCUUUCUCCGGCGACGGUGGGGAGAGGGUAUCGGCCACGGCGGAGGACAUCGACUGGGUGAGGGAUCAGAUCCGAGGGAAUGGGUUGCAUAUGCAGGACAAUGUUCUGCGUAAAGGGAUCAAUCCGCGGACUAGGGCUCAGCAACUCCAAGAUCUCAUUCAAUACAAGGGCAUCUCACACUAUGAUGGUCCAGAUUCGGAUAACCACACUGCACUCCCUUGCCCCGGAGAACUCCUGGUAGAAGAGCACCACAGCAAUUACGGGGAACCGUGGGCUGGUGGGAGGGACGUGUUUGAAUUCCUUGCUGAAUCCACGAAUCUCUCGCCAAACUCCCAGGUCCUUGAGAUCGGCUGUGGCACAUUACGUGUCGGUCUUCAUUUCAUCCGUUACCUCGCUCCAUCUCGAUUUCACUGUCUAGAAAGAGACGAGCUUUCUCUCAUGGCUGCUUUGAGAUACGAGCUCCCGUCUCAGGGACUUCUACACAAGAGGCCCGUGAUUGUUCGAGGAGAAAGCAUGGAUUUCACUAGGUUUGGUGAUGCCGUUUCUUACGAUCUGAUAUAUGCUAGUGCCGUGUUUCUUCACAUGCCGGAUAAUUUAGUAUGGACGGGGCUUGAGAGGUUGGCAGGGAAGUUGAAGCCCUUUGUUGGGAGGAUAUAUGUGUCACAUAAUAUCAAGUUCUGUUCAAGGUUGGGAGGUGAGCAGUGUACUAAGAGGUUGAGUGAUUUGGGGCUAGAGUAUCUCGGCAAGAAAACGCAUGAUAGUUUGCUGUUCAAUCACUAUGAGAUUUGGUUCGAGUUCAGACGGUCCAGAGCUUAGGUACCAUCAAGGUUAUUUGGCCAUCUUCAUUCCUCCGCAUUCUUUCAAAUGUUGCAUCGGCAUUAUGUUGAUUGUUUGAUGUUGUAGUCAGGGUUAUGUUGUUGUAUAUAUAAAGUAGAGAAGGAACAGCCAUAGCUUGAUAGCCAUGAUAACAAUGUUGCUGAGCUUGGAUGGGUAGCUUGCUUACUGUUGCGAUAUAUGACUGUGAGACACCUUUCUGCUUGUAUUUAAUCAGGAACUGGCUGCAACUAAAAUGAGAGGAAGUCUCCAGUCAAAAUGAUGUAAUGGCUGCUCUAUUUUUGUAACUCUAGCAGCAGGCAUUUUUUCUCUACCUUUUAACUUCGCUUAUACUGUCUCAAGUGCCAUAAUAUGAUACUAACAUCUGGAAUUGUUACAUAUUUUUUGCUUGCGGAUGAUCCUGAAGGCUUGAUGGUACUUUAUAGACUUCAUAUUAUGUCAUUUUAACAGAUCACUGAAUCAUGUUUUCAUAAUUUGAUCCAAAAUUUCGUAAGAUUAGCACAGGUUUAGUAGACACGUUCUAGAGGAGUCUCACUGUUCGGCUAUCACUAUUCAAUUCCUCCAUCUCUCCUUUUUAGAUUUUUUAUUUUAUUAUCUUUUUGUUGUUCGAACAUACUUCCAGAACACUCCAAAAGAACAUGUGAUUCAAGAGUAGGUAGUGUCAGAAAAAAAUGAACUUUGCAUAUGCUG